AUGGCAUUAAAAAAAGCUUCACUUAACAAGAAUCGUUCACAAUCUGAACCAUCAUCAUCCAAUCCUACUGCUACCAGUGAAGCAUCAUCCACACAACAGCCGUUUGUAAAAUGCAUAUCAUCCAAAGAAAUAAGACCUGGAAAAUCACUUGAAGUUGAUAUAACAAUUAGUUUUGAAAAAAAAUGCGUUAAAAAAGCUAAUUCUGAUAUUCAUAUUGAAAGUUUAGUGGAAAAUUUUCAUGAAAUUACUCAAUGGUCAAGAGAUGUAGAUCAUGAUAUUGGAAUUAUAUCAAGUAAAACUUAUAUUACAAUAUCUCCUGUUAUUCAUCGUAAAUCACUUCGAAAUUCUGAUAAAUAUGAAACACAACAAUCUAGUGUUAAUAUCCCUUCUAAAAUUGACUUAGAAAAACAUCAUUCAACACAAGAAGAUAAUAUAAAAGAUUUAAUCAGUAAACCUGAUUCUAAGAAUCAGGUUGGUUCAAUACAAAAUUUACCAGAAACAGUAAAACAAGAGCAACCGGAAUUCGAACAGAAAAUUUCUAUUUCAGUUGAGGAUGAAUAUAAAAUAAUGUCUAGUGAAGUAGUGGAGAGAAAUGAUUUGAAAGAAGAUAGUGCAAUUACAUCAACCAAUGUGGUACAGUCAUCUGGUAUCAAAUCAUCUCUUGUAUCAGGAGUUUCUGAAUUAACAGAAGUAAUCAAUGUGGAGAGUAAAGUUGAUGAUAAUGAUUUCACUGCUGUGGGUCUACAAAUAGACGACAAGAAUGAAGUGUAUGAAGAUCUGAAGUUGAACAGUGAGACUCACGAAGACUAUGAUGAUGAUCAACAACAACAGAAACAGUCUCAACAAAUUUUAAGUACCAUUGAGUCUGCUGAAAACCUAGAGCAUGCAAGUGUUGUGAAUGAUGAGAUCCAAGCAACUUAUACUCCUCAGUCUGUUAGCAGUGACUUGAAGGAUCUUAUGAAUAAAACUGAUGACGAAGCAAUCAACGAUCACACCAGUAGUAAGGAGAGUUCUCAAUUUUCAAGACAAGAAACGUCAGUAUCACAUCAAAAACUUGAUGGAGGGAAUGAAAUACUCAAUGAUGCUGUCGCACCACUCGUACCAAAUGAAAUCAAAGAUAUAUCAACAGAAUUAAUUUCAGAGUUUACUAGUAACAAGGACAUUCAAGAAAGUUUACCUUCACAUGUACUUAAUUCAUUUGAAGUAAAUGACAGUGUAAAACCUAUAGAAUUACCACAACAAAUUCAGGUCAGUCAUGAAAAUAGUGAGUAUAAGCUGAAAUCUGACAGUGAUUUACAGCUUCCCUCAAAUGACACAACACCUUGCGUGCAACCUUACUUUGAAAGUAAAACUGAAGCCUUCAACCAGAUUGUUGAAGCACAAGAAGAAUUAGUGGCAGUUUAUUCUGGGGCGAUUGUUAUUCGUAGAACCUCUGUUAUUUCUCUCACUAUCACUGAUCAAAAACCAAGAGAUGUGGAGAUGAAAUUUACAGCAAGCAAUAAAGAAUGGACUAACUUAGCUGUUGAUUCAGUACAGUCAAUGGUGUUGGACAGCUGUCAAAUAACUAGUCAAACACCAAUAAAACCAAUUAUUCAUAGGGGCAGCUAUAGGGAGAUUUCACUUAAAUUACCCAACAAUCAACUACAAACAAUGACAACACUUGAAGCUCAUCCACCAAUCGACGAUGUAGCUGAAGAUAAUAACAUCACUUCAUCGCAUAUUGCACAAUUCGAUGAUACAGAUGGCGAAUAUCUAAAACUUAAGGAACAACCUUCUACAAAUGAAGACGUUGUUCAACAACAGUAUAAAGAUAAUGAAGAUGAUAUUCAUACAAAAGAAGAAGUUUUUCCUGAGAAACUUUCCUUUAGAGAAUCAACUACUACACCAGUGAAGAGUGUUGAGCUUGAAAUAGAAAUAUCAGAACCACAUGAAAAAGAGGUUUAUGGAGCUGGUAUGUCUGAAAAAGACGAAAGAGACAGGGAAUUAGGCGAAGAAACAGACAAGGAUAAUAUACAUGCAGAAGAGUUUGCAUCAAAACGAGAAUAUACCACGACUAAUGUAGAUGAAUCAAGUCGUCAUGAUCAACCUCAUCUGAUUAUCGAACAAAAGUGUCCAAGCCUCACUAGUAUUUCUCUUGAUCUACCCAAAAAAGCCAUGUUACCUACAAUCAUUUCCAUUGAUUCAUUCUCAGUACCUGAUAUCACUCAGGUACCUCCAACAUUUUCCGAACAGCGUACACAUCAGGAUGUAGAAAUAUAUAGUACUCAUUUGGCUGGAAGUGAAAAGUCCAGUAAUUUACGUCAGAAUCUAACAACUGAUCAAAUACCUAAAAACCAAGAGGUAUCCUAUUUGCCAGUAGGCAGUGAACUAGAAAUUUCCAAAUUUACUCAACUCAAUAUCUAUGGGCAAACAACGGAGGCAGGUGAACCUAUCGAUGCUGAAAAGAUUGUGUCUGAAAAUGAGUUACAACCACUUGCUGCACAGAAUGUAGCCUCAUCAAUCAAUGAAUUUAAUCAGCCAGAUACCCCCAUGAUUGCAGAGCAAACGGAUACACGUAAUCAAUUAGAGUCCAUAGAAUCGGAAGAUAAGGCACAAGAUAUUGAAAUGCAGAAAGUAGACCAAAUUGUUUUGAAAAACGAGGGGAACAAUGUUUCGAAAAUACCCACCAGCAAUAGGUCUAGUUGCAAUCAGCCCUUGGCGCUUGUCAUUACCACUACAUUCUAUAAAGAGGUAGAUUCGACCAACGCUGUUUCUGAAAGACCAAGUAAAGAAAUCCAGUUGUUUACAGUUCAAAGCCUUGUGAAAACUCCUGAAGGUACACACCAUUUCCAAAAUAUACCGAACUUUCAGUAUUCAGAAUCCGGACAGUCAAUAGAGAUGAGUAAAGUUGAAGGAAACAGGAACGAUGAAAAAUGUGAUGAUGCUGAUGAAGGCGUUGAUGUAUCAGUCUAUGAAGAUCAUGAAUUGCCAAACAAGGAGGUAAAUACUGAACCUUUAAGUGCACAGUUUACACCAGUUAACAUGCCAAUCCAACAGAUAGAAGCAGUGGAUCCAAUGAAAAUUACAGAUGAUUCCUAUGAAACUGAAUUACAGAAGUCGAUUGUCCCCUCUGAAACUGAUGUACUUGAGAAUGCUAUUCAACCAGAGAUUUCAGUAUCGACAGCGCAAACAGAUAAGACGAAUAGCAUAGAUUCUGUUUCUUCAAGCGAAAAAACUAUGUGCAGCGAACAAAAACACAUAUUACCUGUAUCAAUGAAAAGCCAAGAACAAGAGUCUACAUGUAAGCCUACCAGUAUAUCACCUACAGAAACACAGUUGAAACCACCCGAAACUUUAUCUGGAGAGUUUCAGGUAGUCAGUGUACCAAAUGUCGACACCAAUUCACUGAAACAAGAAUCUAAAUCCUCUUUUGCUUCACAAAAUUCACAAGAAAGCUUGGAUAAAUACAACCUAAGCACCAUGGGAACAGUAGAACAAGUUGUUUCUAAAGAACAGGCAGAAAGCUUAGCUCCACUAAAAGGUACAGAAAGCCCAAAAUCCUUAGAAAUUAAUCCUAUCAGCACACCAGUGAAAGAGAAUGUUUCUGAAAGUGGAGUGAAAAGCCAUCAUCCAACGCCAUACGAUACUGCUUCCGAAGAUAUACAGUCACAAGAUUCUAUGAAAACUACCUCCAGUUCACUUCAAAAAGAAUUAAAUGAAAGUGUUGAACAAGAGGAUGCUGUUAUUCGCACAAGCUUGAAUCAAACAAAUGACAAAUCAAAAAACGCAGACUGGCAUCAGGAUUCAAAUCUUCCCAUAGAUUCUGAUCAUGAAGGUUUGUUGACUGUUCCUGCUGCUGAUAAAAUAUUAGAGAAAGCCAAAACUGCUGCUGAUACAUCUAUGAAAGUAGAUAAAGAUGAGGAAAAGAAUAAGCCUCCAGAAAAUGUUAGUCAGUAUGGGACAGCAUCUAUUCUAUCAGCUGAAAUGCUUAAAUCAAGCCUUAUGACUAAUGUAUCUCUUAAUUCAGUGAAAUGGAAUGCUACAACUGAUUCUCAAAUCCUGACAGAUAAUAAUCAGCUAAUAGCAAAACUGUCCGUCCAAUUUUCAGAGAAAAACAAACUAGCAGACCCUGUUCAAGAAGAUGAAAGUACCAAGUUUGAAAUGACAAUCAACCCAACAGAAUCCUCCUUAGACAUAUUAUAUGAUGAUAAGUCUGAAAUACAUCAAAAUUUACCACUUGGUGUCCCAACGAAACAAGAUUCACAAUCAUUGAGUAGAAAUUUACAGUAUGAUUCCCCUGAAAAAGUACAUAUGAAUAAAAGAGACCCAUCAACAUUUGCUCACCAAAAAGUUUUGGGUAAUUCCUCUCUAGUGUUUCACACGGAUCAACGUGAAACUAAAGUUUCCCAAUUGGAGGCAAAUCAAGUUUCCACACCAACUCGUAGUAGAAAUCAGGCUGAUUAUUCUCCAUCCUGGUUAAAAAACACUCCUGACAAUAAAAAGCGUUCAUCUUCACCUGAUUCACAAAUACAAAGUACAUUUCCUGAAAGAUGUGAAAGCAGCAAUCUUAAGGCAUGUUGUUAUUGUUGUCAACCAUCAAGAGUUCAUUUUGUCUGUCACUGUUACUGCAGUCAACAUCAUAUAUGUCCAGCAUCUGCCAAUUAUUGUCAAACCAAUACACGUGCUAAAUCGAUUUCACGUUCAAGUUUCCCUCACUGCAAUUGUCAAAUGACACCAUGUACUUGUGAUCGUAAUAUUGUUAAUGAUGACAAUCAAUAUCCUUCAACGUUUAAUGAACCUGAGACCAGUUCAUUGAAACUUCAGUUUGUUAAACCAAAUAGCCAAGAAUGUCAAACUACAAGUUAUGAAAAUCCUACAGAUUCAAAUUUAAAAUUGCAGUACUUAUCAAAAUCCAAUCCAACAAUAUGUAGAUGUGUUUCACAACGAACUGUUUAUUGUUGUUGUUCACAAAUAUCUAAUUCUACUAUUUCUAUUUAUUGUAAUAGGAAUCCACAUCAUAGGAAUACUACACCUUAUCUUAGUGCAUCAAUAUCUCAAAUAAUACCUGGUCAUCAUUGUUGCUGUAAUAUGAGUAUUCCAAAGAAACACGAAUGUGCUUCACAUGUACACGAUUAUUUACAAUCAUCGCCUAACAAUUUUAACUGGUCAUAA